CGCGAAACACGCGAUGAUUGUAAAAAUUGUAAAUAGCAACAUUAUGAAGAAAAGAAAAAAUAAGUAAAUUUGUCUAUGGAUUGGAGAGAUGACUACCAUUAGCUGUUAAUGAAAGGCUGCGAUGGUUGGGGACCUUCGGAGCACUGUAACAUAUAUUUAUAGAGGUAAGGAUGACCACAUUAUAAUAAUAAUAUUGAUGCCUUAUAAUUGAGAUAUCAAGUUUUCUAAACCCAGAUUAAUUAUAUAUAUAAAAGCGAAGCAGUAACUGAAUAUUCACUGAGUUAUAAUUCAAUGAGAACUCAGGCCAGUAUUUAUGAUUAAAGGAACACUAAAUAACUAUUACUAAUUAUCAUAAUCAAAUAUGUAUUGAAUAUCCCCCUUUGGUACAUAUUUUUGGUGGAAUGAUGAUGGGGAUCUGAUUAAUGAGCAUAUAUUCUACUUAUAUUUGCUAUAAAAUAAACAAAGGCUUCAAUAAAACGAAUGUAGUCAUCCUAUUUUGAAAUACAGUCAGAAAGAUAAAUAAAUGAGAAUAAUUAAAUCAUGUGAUUGAGGCGACAUCUGUGGAGGAGCGGUGCAAAUACAUUCUACAAUACAUGGACCCUGAAAGGGUGUAGUAAGAUUGGUACUUAAUUUACAGUAUCUUAAAUCAUAAGUACUUCGUUUAUAGUACUUAAAAUAUGUUAUCAUGUCAAAACAUUUUCAGCAUAAGCCCAGGUGGAAGCUUCAGGCGACGGAUUCUUCAAAAUAAAGAAAUUGUUUGUACUUUAUUUAUUAUGCCCUCAGUUUGUGAUACCCUUUUCAGCUAAAGAUUGGAUAGAGUGGUCUUCAUAGUUUGACUACUCUCUCAUAGAUGGCGUUAAAGCGAGAGAGUCUUCAUGGUUUGACUACUCUCUCAUAGAUGGCGUUAGAACGAGAGAGUCUUCAUGGUUUGACUACUCUCUCAUAGAUGGCGUUAGCGCGAGAGAGUCUUCAUGGUGUGACUACUCUCUCAUAGAUGGCGUUAGCAUAGGAGGAGACUUUUAGUUUGGCUACUCUUCCGCAGAUGGCGUUGUCAACCGUAUAUUGGAAAAUCGAUAUUGAAAAUCUUUUUAUUUGUAAAUAAAUUCGACUUUCAAUAAUGAAAAUUAAUCACAGUAAAUAAUAAAUUAAUUUAUGCCAUUAUUUAAAUAAGAAUUUUGGCAAAAUUUGAAAUUGAAAUAAGUAUUUCCGAUCACUGAACGAAACGUAUCAGUGAAGUGACAUUAAUGACGUUUUUACAGUAAGCAAUCACCAUCAGUGUGGAAGAGAACUUUGUUUAUUUGCAAGUUAGAUAAACUUUCAAGCAAAAGUGCUCGUGAAUCAAAAAUAAGGAACAAGCUAUUGUCCUUACAGGUUUCCCAUCGCACAUGGAAAUGUGAGAAAAUUUCACGUGAAAAGGCUACUUAUUGGAAAUCAGUUUCUUGAAUAAAUCAGGUUUCAUUAUAAGAAUUGCAGUAUCUUGAAAAAAUGGAAGAAAUCCAUAUAGAAAGAUUAAAUAAAUUUGUGUCAGAAAUAAAGAAUCUAUCUAAUAAGGCCAAGGAGCUUUGUGCGUCAAGAUCAUGGAAUGAAGAAGAAUAUGAUCAAGCUAAGAUCACUACAGCUAAGUUGCAAGCUGUAGUUACCCGUUUCAAUACAGAAUUGUACCAGUAUUUUAAGAUGGCUAGUAACCCUAAUGCGGAUGAUAUAAGCAUCUUAACAACUGAACAAUUAGAAGGAGAAGAGUCCUUGGCUGAGAUCAACUCGCGAAUUCAAUCCCAAAGGGAAAAAACUAAUACUUCCUCCUUCCAAGGUAAGCCCACAAAUAGAGGAAAGUUGCCAGAAUUAAAUUUACCUACCUUUGAUGGAAACGUUCUUCAGUGGACACCGUUUUGGGAUCAGUUUAAAUCAAAUAUUGACCAGAGAGAGCUAAAAGACGUAGAUAAACUUCUGUAUUUAAAAACAUCUCUGAAGGGGGAUGCACAAACCAUUUUAGAUGGACUAGAAACAACUAACGAUAACUAUAAAAUAGCUGUAGAGACCCUUACUAACCGGUACGGCAAAAAAUCACAGAUAGUCGAUGCGCAUUACUCCACCUUGUAUAAACUAAAACGUGCCGAAAAUCCAGAUGAAUGCAGGAAAACUUUAGAUGACAUUGAACGACACCUAAGAGUACUAAAUUCUUUAGGUGAAAACAUAGAACACAAUCACUUGAGAUUCUUAAUCAUGGAGAAAUUUCCGGAAGAAAUAAUAUACGAAUUAAAAUUGAAAUUAAAGGACGAAUCCGUAGAAGAGUUAAGGAAAGUGCUACAGGUAGUACUCACAGCUAGAGAAGAAGCAAAAAGAACUUGUGAAGAAGGCAGUAGUAAAGUGAAGAAUUUCACUACAGAAACUUUACUCAUACAGGAUUCUGGAAACAAAAGGCGAGUAAAACAAAGAAAACCCGAUGUCAAAUGCAAUAUGCGUAAGAAAUUUAAACCAACUUUGACAGCGUUUACAAAGACAUAUCAAAACAAAAGAAAACUAAUUGAUGAAGAGAAUACCUCUGCACCUGUUCAAAAGAAAAGGAAGUUUUCAUGCAUAUUCUGUAGUGGAAAUCAUUUCAACGAUGAGUGUACCAAAGUCAAAUCAUUGCAACUCAGAAAGGCAAAACUUAAUAAUCGCUGCUACAAGUGCUUAGGGCUGGGCCAUUUCGGAAGAAUGUGCAAAGCUAAAUUACAAACUUGCCCGCAUUGUGGUAAAACGGGACUACACAAUAGAGCACUCUGUCCAUCUAGGGACCAGCCUAAGAAAGAAACGACCACUUCUUUACAUGUCAGUGAUUGCGGAUCUACUGUGCUCGAGACGAUAAUUGUCAACGCUAUAGGAAGAGACAAAACUGUACAGAAAUGCCGUGUACUUUUAGAUAACGGCAGUAUGAGGAGCUACGUCUUACAAAGUGUUGCGAAAAAUCUCAAUUUAGAACCUGAAGAAAACCAUCACCUCACAGUAUUCACUUUCGGUAAGGAAGAACCGCGCGAAAUUGAAAGCCCUCUAGUUAGACUUUGUCUGCAAUCGAAAAAUAAUAACUCAAGGAUUAUAUAUGUCAAUGUAGUACCUACAAUCACGAGAGAAGUAUGCACACAAAAUAAAGAUUUCUUAGACUGGGAACACCACAAUAAGUAUGUUUUAGCCGAUGACGGAUCUCUGGAGGAUCGCAUUGAUAUCCUGAUUGGUAACGAUUACUAUCAAUCCAUUAUGUUGCCUGAAAGGGUAGAAAUAAAAGAAAAUUUAUAUCUUGUGAACUCAAUGUUUGGUUGGAUCUUAUCCGGUCGGUCAAGAAAGGAAAGGGGAGAUGAUUUAUCUGCACUCACGUACUUUCAGGCCGCAUACGAAACCAAAUUAAAUGAACCUGACUUGCCACUGGACAAUGCAUCGAUGAAGACUUUAUGGGAUCUAGAAUCUAUAGGUAUCGUCGACUCACCUAACACAAAUAGAGAAGGAGAAGCUAUUAAACACUUUAAUGAAAAUACCAAGCUAGUGGAAAGUCGAUAUUAUGUCAGUUGGCCUUGGCAGGAUUAUCCCCCAGAGUUACCCACCAACUAUGGAUUAGCAUAUGGAAGACUGGUAGGACUAGUAAAAAGACUAGAUAAGAACACCUUGUCGAUAUACGACAAGACACUAAAUGAACAAUUACAGAGAGGAAUUAUAGAAUGGGUCCCUAAUGUUAAAGAGAAGAAACAUCCUGUACAUUACUUACCUUUUCACGGAGUAAUGGCUCCAGGUAAGGCUCUCAGACUAGUGUAUGAUGCCUCAGCAAAGGUAAAGAAUCAGAAAAGUCUUAAUGAAUGCUUAUAUGCUGGUCCCAUGAUGCUGGAAGAUCUGACUGGUCUAUUGAUUCAAUUUAGAUGUCACGAUAUAGGAUUGACAGCAGAUGUUGAAAAGGCAUUUCUACAAGUUGGAUUGAAUAAUGACGAUAGAGAUGUAACUAGAUUUCUAUGGCUUAAGAAUACUGAAAAACCUGUUACAGAAAACAAUCUUGUACAAUACAGAUUCACUAGAAUGCAGCACCAGAAACAACAGUGA